AUGAUUGGCAGCAUGUUUGCAUGCUUCUUCGGUGGAAAAGUGUCACGUAGAAAAGCAAAAGUUGAGGCAGAGGAAGUGAGAAAAGGUGUUUACAGAGAUGAGUUGAGAGAAAAAGAAAGGGCGAGGAAGAAGGUGAAGAAAAGUGUGCGGUUUGCAGAGGUAGAAGCGACGAUCAUGGGAGAAGAAAAUGAAAAGGAGUUUACGAAAAGAGGGUGUGAGAGUGGUGACGAGGUGGUCGGAGAAAAAGAAGGAGUGAGAGUGAGGGUUCGAUUGACAAAGGAAGAAGCUGCAAGGUUGCUCUCAAAAUGCAACGAAGGCCCUCUUCAGUUAAAGGACGUUGCUCAUCAACUUCUCUUCAUCCCUGUCGAUCGUCUCUCCAUUCAACCAUCUCUCUACCACUGA